UGCUGGGAACAUUGUAAGAGACUUGACAGCUCCUGAUGAAGGCUGUUCAGCAGACCGGUGUUAGAUCACCACAAUCAAAUCAGAGCAACUAAAGCGAGCGGAGAACAGAUCGCAUCAGUAAGGACUUGUGCUUCCAUGUGGCUGCUCUCUUGAUGCCUCCAAAGAAAUCGCAUGCGAGCGUGAGGAAAUAUCCGCCCGAUUAUUUCAAUCAUGACAUUAAGUUUUUCGUCUUUCUCCAUCAAAGACAUCCUCACAGGACGUGAUGCGCAAGAGAAGCCUGCUACCGGGUUUACAGGAGAGCUGCGCGUCCGCACCGGGCACGGUACGAAAGUGCGUCAUAGGUCUCAUCAGGACGCGGAUGAGGACCGCGUCCACACGGAGAGACUUCCUGCUGAUCCCAGUCUGUCCGCUGGAAACCUCCGAUCUGAGAGCAACACCGAGGAGGCCGCAGGGAAGGAGACUGAGCUCACGGGCGCUGCAGACCAGCUGCCACACAGUGUGGAGCGAGAUAAACGGCAGAAGGAGCAGGCGGAGGAAGAGGAGGAGAGAUGUCACCACAGCGGUGAGACGGUCAGCUGUUCGUCCGAUGAGCAGCAGUGCAGGCCCGGGGUGAAGAAGCGCUCCAGGGCGGCCUUCUCUCACGCACAGGUCUACGAGCUGGAGCGCCGCUUCAACACACAGCGGUAUCUUUCAGGUCCCGAACGGGCCGAACUGGCAGAAGCUCUGAAGCUCACAGAGACCCAGGUGAAAAUCUGGUUUCAGAACAGGAGAUAUAAAACCAAACGGCGCCAGAUGGCCGCCGAGUUUGUGGCGUGUGGUUCACCAAAGACAGUCGCAGUAAAAGUGCUGGUGAGGGACAAUCUCAAGCAGUACCAGCAGGCGAAUGGAGUACACAUCCCAAUGAGUUCACCGCUGUACCACCAGGCCUACCAGUACCACCCCUACCUGCACUACUACUGCCAGCCCUGGAGCAUGAGCAGCAUGUCCUGUGGAGGGAUGCUCACAUGACUCUACCAACUCAAGGUGUUGGCAGCUUUUUGUACACUCAAUGGAUUACCCUCUCUGGUCAAACUGACUGAGAUUGUACACGUUUUGGUUUGGUUUGGUUUGGUUUGGAUUGUUUGUUUGUUUUAUAUAAGGCUUUUUUUUCUAAAAAAUAAAACCAGAACCCAGUUUGACAUUUUAGCCAGGGGUUUUAGGAUUUGAAAAAUGCAAAUGCUUCAAACAUGAGCUAAAUUUAGAAAUAUUCUGUACGUCUUUAAUCAAGAAAAUAAAAUAAUAAUA